UUCUCACUCUUGAUUUUCGUCAUCUCUCUUUUGUCCUUAUCCCAUCUCUCUUCUUUUGCAUCUUUUCUCUCUCUUUCUUUGUCCGGCUUAAUGGCUUAUCCAUCCGAAAAUCUAUGCGUUUUCAUCUUUCUUUGUCAAGGCUUAUCCAUCCGAAAAGGUGAAACUCCUCAUGAAUUCUGUAUUGUGAUGAGACGGAAGCUUCUGUUGUUGUUUCAUGUUCUGAAUCAACUUGCUUGACGGAGGAGUUUCAUGGGUAUAUGCAGCCCCUUGGGCAACGCGGGGGAAGGAGUCCUCGACCGAUGCUACCGCUGUAUCCCUUGCCUCGCCGAUCCCGCUCGGAGGUCUGCCCUGGGAUUGAAAGUCGCGUUGGUUGCUCUGCAUCUGGUGUAUGCCGGCAUUCUCUUUCUCUUCGAUGGAGAUUUGAUAGAGAAGACGAAGCAUGAGCCAUGGUACACAUCUUUAUAUUUGUCGUUGUUUGUUGAUACCUUGGUUCAGUACUUUGUUACCUCUGGUUCCUCUCCAGGCUAUGUCUUGGAUGCGAUGAGGGAUAUCAAUGAGACCAACGUGACAUUUGGAAAGACAUCAGCGUCCUCAAAACAACCUGCUUCAAGUAAAAAUGGAAGCUUGGUUAUUACUAUUGACUCAGGUCAGUCAGGAAGAAAUUCUCCGGGAAGCAAUGCAACAUAUUGGACAAAGAGGGUUUUGGACACAUAUCCCCCUGGAACAUCCGUAAGAACUGUUACUUGCUCCUAUUGCAAUGUGGAACAGCCUGCGCGAGCAAAGCAUUGUCAUGACUGUGAUAGAUGUGUUCUUCAGUUUGAUCAUCAUUGUGUAUGGCUUGGGACAUGCAUUGGCUGGGGUAAUCAUUGCAAAUUCUGGUGGUACAUAUGUGAAGAGACGGCAUUAUGUCUCUGGACGGGCAUCUUGUACAUCACAUACCUGAAGACUAGCAUUGCAAGGGCUUGGUGGAAGGAUGCAAUCAUGAUAUUGUUAUUGAUCGCGUUGGCAAUUUGCUUGAUCUUUCUGCUCCUGCUGCUGCUUUUCCAUAGCUAUCUUGUUUUGUCAAACCAGACUACAUAUGAACUUGUGAGGCGUAGACGCAUCCCAUAUCUAAGGAGAAUUCCUGAACGAGUGUACCCUUUCAGUAAAGGAAUUUGCAGAAACCUAUACAAUUUUUGUUGUGUUCCAAACAGCACAUACAGUUUGGAAUUGUUGCCCACCGCUCUGGAGCUCGAGGAGAAGUCUAGACCAUACACAUGUUCACAUUUGUUAUCCUGUCGUUGCUGCUGAUAUCUUGCCAUUUGAUUUCAGUUUUUCUCCAUUCACUUUCAUCCUUUGGUUUAUCUAUCAUAUGCAGAGUUGCCAAAUGAUGUCAAUCUUUUCCUCACAAUCUGGUUCAUAAAACUCGAUAUCCCAUUGCAUGUUCUUAAGACAAUUAAGGGCUUACUGGGUGAUUUGCAUUGGUCCAAGUCCAUGGUAUUGUUUAACAGGAAAGCACAUUGAUAUUGAAGGGAUAUACAGUAAAAUUCCAA